CAAAGAACCUCAAGUUUUAUUAGAAAAGGCCUCAUUUUUGUCUUUUCUACAUAAUUUUGAUCUGCAUACUGACGACGGUCCAUCUAAUAAUAGAACUAAAAUGUCGACAGAUACUCAACUCUUUUCACCUGCUCUUGACAAAAUUAGACUUUAUUUCGAUGCAGAAUUGCCGUUACAAGUUACCAUAGAGGACUUAGCAAAUUGGUUAAAGACUCAAAGCGUAUGCAUAACCACUCAUAAGCUUCAAAAUAUUUUACAAGAACAUUCGGGAGAAUUUUCUUUGACGAAAUCAUCCGAGAAUAACCAAACAAUUGUUAAAUUAAAAAAAAUAGUAAAUCCUCAAGAGCCACAACACAAUUAUAUAGAUUCUAAUGCUAGAUCGCUUAGUAUUAUAUCAGGAGAUUUAAUAGACUUCAGUAAUAAUAAUGUUGACAAAAUUAUUAAAAAUAAUUCUUUUUACGUUUCAGAGAAUUCUUUAAUUUUAUCUAAUAAUGAACAACAACAAUGGCGACAAUUGCAAAAUCAACCAAAUAGUAAGAUUAAUCAAAUUAAUAAUGAUAAUGAUGAAACAGUGAAGGCUUUAAAAAAUUAUCUGGAUAAAUUUUUGAUUGAUUCUAUUUACGAGGUAGAAAGAUAUCUAAAACGUUCUGGUGUUUUAAAGGACGGAGAAAUCAAUGAAAUUUUAUUUGAAGAUCAGGAUAUUUUUCAUGUUCAUAAAGUAAAAGGUAUUACUUGUGUUAAACUUAGAAACCCGGCUAAGAUUAUUGAUGAACAUUCUUUAACAAUGAUUAAUAAUAGAAUUGAACAAACAGAAAGUCUAAUUAAAGAAUAUAUUAAAAAAAAUUAUUCUGAAAAUGGUGUGACAAGCACCGAAUUAUUAAUAUAUCUUAGGGGGGUAAAAGGCACAAUCUCCUAUGAAUUCAAAGAGUUUCUUAAAAAUUGUUCAAACUCAUUUAAUUGUUAUGAAAACGAUGGAAUUUUAUUUGUAGAGAAUAAGCCUGGGAUCAAGCAAAGAAUAUAUUUUUCAAUUGAUAUUCAUGGAAAAGAUUUAAACAUCAAGGAAAUUUCUGGCGAAAUAUACAUAUGUCUUAAACCGACAGAUCACAAUAUAUUAUGUCACGUUCGUAGAUAUCUCUUAGAAUACGGGAGAGUCCAACUUUCCCUAAUUGGUGAUUACUUGAAACGUUUAGAUUUUUCCCCAAAACUUAGAUUAAAAGAAUUUUUAUCUUCUUCACCAGAUUAUGUGUUUAAUUCUGAAUCAACUUCCGCUUUUAUAAAAUCCAAAGAGAUUGAGAUCGUUAGGAGCAUUCGUGAAUUGUUCAAAAAUGAUAAAAGGAUGGUUUCACUUUCUGUCGUUUCUGAUUACCUUAAUAAAAGCAUAAACUAUCCUCGUUCUAAAGUUAUGUCACUUUUAGAGAAUUAUACAGAAUUCGAUUUUUAUCAAGAUUCGAAAGGAAUAAUGGUAGUGCAUAGAUUAUCUAGAUUUGACCCUAAGCCAAAAGAACUCAUUCGUAAAUUGAUAAUAUACGGAAAUGGAAAAGUUAAAUUGUCCACAUUGAAUGCACACCUAAAUUGGAACGGUAAUUACUCUGAAUAUAAAUUACUUGAUUUUAUUAAGAAAAGCGACGAAUUCCAACAGAUUAAUAAUUAUUAUCGAGGAAAGCACAAUGUGAAUAAUGAAUUUUCAUCAAAUUUGGUUGGAAAUUAUAACAAUAGCAACAAUAAUAUGAUCGCUGCUGAAAAUUUAGAACUAGCAAAUUUUAAUAAAUCAAAAUUUCAUCAGCCUAAAGAUUGGUUGGAAACUAACGAAUUCAAUAUUAAUCAAGUUUCUUUAACAAAAUCUGUUGAAUUUAAUCAUCAUCCAAAUCAAGUAUCAUCUUUAACAUCAUUAUCAGCAAAAAUACCUGAAUAUAACAACAAUAAUAUUAAAGACGACACUGAAUCAUCAUCAUCAUUCACGAUCAAUACAUCAACCUUAAAAAAGUCAAGAGCGGAACCAUCUGAAUCGUUGCGAUCAUACAAUCCAAGCUCGGCGGAUAAAAUAAUUUCACGAGUGGAUUCAAAUGAUGCUAAGGAAGUACUUCGUGAAUUUCUCAUAAAUCAAGAAAAACAACUUUUUUCUUCUUUUAAAACGAUUGAAUCGUGGAAAGAUUAUUCAGAGACAAAUUUAAAAAGACAUCAAGUUGAAAUUAAGACGCGUGAUGAAGAAAUUAAAAGAUGUCAUCAAGAAAUUGAAGGAUUAAAUAAAAUUAUAGCUAAACUGCAAAUGGAAAAUGAUAAUUUAAGACAUUAUGAUAUGACUGGCUUUUACAACUGA